GUUCUUUUUUUUCUACUUAGGAAGAACGAAAGAAAAUUCAGAAUCUGAGUUCCUUCUUCAAACCCACCCUAACAUUACAACAAAAAAACUGAUGUAUCGAUUUUUCCUCUUGCAAUUCGCCAUGGCCCGUGGGUCUUCCUCCUUAUCUCUCCUUGCAUCAAAACCUGCGUUUCCAUUCAUGCGCUAUGCACCUCGCCGCUUAACUCAAAAUGCAGGACAUGUUAGGGGAUUUUCAAGUUCAAAUUUUGAUUGGAGGAGGCUUCAAAGUAGCCAGAAUGUGAAUGCAGAGGGGAAUGCUCGUCCAGACAUGCAGAAUUUAGAAAACCGAAAACCCAGAAACUGGAAUAAUGGGAACCAGAAUGUGAAUGCAGAUCCGCUUAUUCCAAAUUUUAUGCAAAAUAGAGAGAACGUGAAUAGCAUAAUGUGGAAUAAUCUGGGCCAGAAUGUGAAUAUGCCAACGCUUAUUCCAAAUUUUAUGCAAAAUAGAGAGAACGUGAAUAGCAUAAUGUGGAAUAAUCUGGGCCAGAAUGUGAAAGCAAAUGCAGACGCCCCUCCCGAUUUUAUGCAAGAUAAAGAGAACAUAAACCUCGAAAGCAAGAAUGAUGUUGGGACUGGCUGGAAUUCUAGGCCAAUGGACUUUGUAAGAGGAAUUUUAGAUGCAGAUGAUUUUAGGAGAGGUGGUUCCUUUCAGUAUCAGUAUGAGCAGGAUGCUGAUCAUGUUCAUAUAAAGAUGUUACGUAAUAAUACCUUUGUUGACUGUACAGAUUCUAAAGGAAAUGUAAAACUUAGUGGCUCUGCUGGUUCAUUGAAAGACCUGAAAUCGGCAAAGCUUUCUAGGUAAUUGGCCGCCGAGGCAACUGCGGAAGUUUGUGGGCCGGAGGUUAGGGCUUUGGGAUUGAAAUCUGUGGUCAUGAAAGUGAAUGGAUUUACCCAUUUUAGAAGAAAAAGGCAAGCGAUACUGAGCUGGAAGGAGGGCUUUACUUCUGAUUCUCGAGGCGGUAGAAAUCCAAUUGUAUUCAUUGAAGAUACCACUAGAAAACCCCAUAAUGGCUGCAGAUUACCAAAGAAACGACGUAUUUAGGUGUUUGGUAUUGAGGUGGGUGGAGAAACAUUAUUUUACUUGGAUAGAGACACUUUAGGUGCUGUUUUGGGCACAUGAUGAUACUGUCUUGACCACAUUACUUGUAGACUAUCCGUCUCCUUCCUCCUGUACAAUUUUGAAGAUUAAAUAAUCAGAACUUUCUGUAACAGUAUUUAAUACUGUAUUGUUGAUUUCAGUCACUGUCGACCAUCCUUUUAUAAAUUGAAUGAAUAUGAAAGUCACGAUUAUUAA